GUGGGAUACGGCCUUUAGACCCUGCUUAAUGGACGACUUUAGUUUCUGAACUGUUCUAUCAGCUAUUUUGCAUCGUUUAAAUUUUGCCGACUUAUCAGCCAGUUCUACAUAGUGCGUCAGCAUUUUUCUUACCACUCUGAUUGGCCGUGAUUCAGCAAUAUAAUCUUUUUGAUUCUUGCAUAACCAGACUUAUCGCAGUCUGUUGCAAACGAUUCAUUCAGCUGGUUCCGAGCUAUCUGUAAUACUCGCAAAAUGACGGUCAAAGCAGUCUGUGUCCUUCAGGGUGAACCUGUUAAAGGAACUUUAUAUUUCGAACAAGCGGAAGGUUCAAAUACAGUAAAAGUGACUGGAGAAGUUUCUGGCUUGCAGAAAGGCUUGCAUGGUUUCCAUGUUCAUGAAUUUGGUGAUAAUACCAAUGGUUGUACAAGUGCAGGUGCUCAUUUCAAUCCAUUGGGAAAAGAACAUGGUGGUCCAAGCCAUGCUGUGCGUCAUGUUGGAGACUUAGGAAAUGUGGAGGCUGAUGCCAAUGGUGUUGCUAAAGUUAACAUUACUGAUUCCAUAAUACAAUUGUGUGGACCACAUAGUAUUAUUGGACGAACUCUUGUGGUUCAUGCUGAUCCUGAUGAUUUGGGUCAAGGUGGUCAUGAACUUUCAAAGACUACUGGCAAUGCUGGUGCUCGUCUUGCUUGUGGUGUCAUUGGUAUUACAAAGGCACAGUAAAUAUAUCAAAAAUAAUCAGGAAGUUGAAAGAAAUGGAGGUUAUAUUAGAAAUAUUAUAUAAUAUAUUAUAUGGUAUUCUA